AUACCAUGUCUGGACGAAGGGUCAUGCUCCCACUAACUUUGCUAAGUGGAGGACCGCCACCACACCGUACAGGGUCCAGUGGGAAGCGGACUUUGAACCCUAUGUGAUGGUGAGGCGGGACAGUCCAGAGUACGACAGACGCUUCGUUGGCUUUGGGUGGAAUAAAGUGGCUCAUAUUAUGGAGCUGGACGCACAGGAGUAUGAGUUUGUGGUUCUGCCCAACGCCUAUAUGAUCCACAUGCCUCACGCACCCAGUUUCGACAUCACCAAGUUCCGGUCCAACAAGCAGUACCGGGUCUGCCUGAAGACCCUGAAAGAGGAGUUUCAACAGAACAUGUCUAGACGAUACGGCUUCGCUGCCCUCAAAUACAUGACUGCAGAGAACAACAGCUAGCCAACACCGAUGAGCCAGGACACUCUGACCCGUUAUUGACUACACUACCCAUAACACCCUCCUCUAAGGCCGUCUAGGACUACACUACUACCCAGGACUCCUCUGGGCCGGGCAGAGGAGAGGGAAAGGGCGGUGGAUUCUAAGGACAGUCGAUGUAGUCAGGAGUGAACAGAAUGGUUACUAAAAGACUCUUACCGCGAACUCUGACCUUUGUGCCAACCGAUCAUGAGGUUUAAAUUGUGAGCUCUGAUUCUUGUGAACUCUCACCUUUAGUUUGGGGUUAUGACCUAGUUUGAGACAAACCAGCGUUAACCAACUGAAGGGUAACCGGGGGUAACCGUAAGGUCGUUGUGUCCCGAACAUUGUUUAACCCCUCCGAGGACGGAGGGAGCAACCUGUCCAGAAGCUGCUGACCUGGUUUCCAUCUGGACGAGGAAGCUGCUGACCUGGUUUCCAUCUGGUUUCUGGCUGGACGAGGAAGCUGCUGACCUGGUUUCCAUCUGGUUUCUGGCUGGACGAGGAAGCUGUUGCUGUGAAGGAUGAGUCAGUAGAGGCUGGUCUGGACUCCUACAACUCUCUGCCCUUCUCUAACAGAACUACUGGACAUCACUAUG